AUGGUCACGCUCACAUCAGUCCAGCCCUUGAGGCAUUCCAGUUCCUCGUUCUCUUCGGAACAUCGGCCUUCGGUGGGCUUGCAGAGGACGUAUUCUCGCAAUAUUCAGAAUCUGGAGCAGGUGGCGGAGGAUCUGAGCCAAGGAGGUAGUGAUAUUGGGGAAGAAAUAAGGAGGAUGAACGAGGAGCAGAAGGAGAGGAGUCGGAGGAGUUCGUUGCAGAGUAGUCAUCAGGGUGAUGUUGCUGUUACUGGGACUGGAGGGUUUGUUGGUGGAAGUGAAUUGGAGAGGAUGAGGAGUCGGACGAACAGUAAUGGUGUUGGAGGGAGCGGAAUCGUGGAUGUCAACGGAGCAGCGAGAUGGGGUGGCUACAGUCCUAACGGCUUCGUCGGAUCACCUGCAGGCUCGCAAACAUCUGCGAGUGGAAGGUCACAUGCUUCGGCGCCACGAAAAGCUUCUGUCGCGAGUUCAUCGAGACUUGCUCAGAUGGUUGAACCUGUUCAGGAAGGGCGACCACUCGACUCACCAUUAGCACCGACUAUGUCCGUUCACAGCGCCUCGACUACCGGCAACGAACACUCGCGGGAACCAUCUGGAAAUUCCUUUGAUAGGCAGUACGAUCAAAUCGCCAGUCAGAUCGAGCAACAGCUGGAUUACGUGCCGCCCUCUCCUACCAAGCUUGACGACGAAGAUGAUGAGGUUCCAGACAUGCUACUUCGCAAGCCAAGAUCACAAGAUACAUUCGUCGAAGCACAGCUAGCGUUCAAGGACUUCGAUGGCGUACACUUCUCCCCCGAAACCGAUGAAUUUAUCGAGCUGGACGAAGACGGCAACGAGAUCAGAAGGGUCUCAGCCCGCACUUCUUCUGGUGGAAUGUCUAUCGCGGCAGCCUCUAUGCUUCGCACACCACGAGCACGCCCAAUCUCUUACACCCAACCACCACCAGGAGACGGUAUGGUAUACUACCCUGCUCCUGUCCCGCGAAUGCUCAAUUUGCCCAAGAGGCUGUCACAACUACCAUCUGCAAGCGUCCAAGCGCAAAGGAGAUCGCAGGUACUCGGACAAAUAGCACCGGCUGCAAGAGCCUCAGCACCAUGGAUCCCAGCCUUGGACUUCGCAAACGAUCCAUCCAGAAGCGGAACUCACAGGAGUGACGAAUCGACUCACCAGCGCCAGACCUCCGAUCCCGUAGCAAGACCAGACUCCGGUCCCCGUAGCCAAGGCUCAGCAACCUUUAUCCAGCCAGUGAGCCCGCAUGGCGUCCACCCACGCAGCGCUCUCAACCAACGUAUGAGCAUGCAGAAUCUCCAGAACCUACCUCCACAACUCCGCGCCAGCAUAUUCUUUGAUCACCAAUCUCAACCUCAAGACGUUCAGGUCAAGAAUGAAUCCGCUGUAGCCACUCUGGACAGCAUAUUGGCUGCUUCCGCUACAGCGCCCGUCAGUGCAUUCACGGAUCAUCCAUUUGCUGGCGAUGUGAGGAAGAGCACGUAUGCGCCUGAAUUCCAGCAGAAGGUCAGGAAGCGACAGAGCACAGCUACGCUUGGCUCUGUCAUGACGACUGCGGCGGAGGUGGAGGCAGACAAGAAAGCUACGAAGGCGAGACGGCGAAGUAGUUUUGGGAAUUUGUUGAGGAGAAACAGCAGUGCGAUGGAGCUCGAUGAUCUGGCUGAGAGGAGGAAUAGCAGGACGAGUAGCAUCUUGCUUGGCGACUAUAAUGAGGGAGGUAACAGACUGAAGAAGAGGAGGAGCCAGAUGAGUCUUGGAGAUGAGAUGGACAGACAUACUGAAGCUGUGAGAACGCCUGGGAACGAGAUAUCAGAGCCUGAUUUUUCGUCUGGACUUAUCUCUCGUGCCCACAAUGCGAGGGCGGAGGAGGGGGAGGAGCAUACAGACGCGUAUAUGGACAACGCCACGACAUCUCGUCCGCCUACGUCGCAUAGCCGACGCGUGUUGAGCGACGGCAGGCAGAUCGAUGAGGACUUCAAGGAUGAAGAAACUACAGACGAGGUGCCAGAAGAGGGAGGCGAGGCGACGUACGUCCAACCUUCGACCCUCCUAGCUGAGCUGCAGGUCCGGAAAGCGCAGCAGAAAUCGAGGAACAGGACGGCUGCUACACACUAUCCGAACGGUAUGCAUAGCACUCUCCUACAGCUUGAUGCUGUAGAAGAGAUCACCCGCAACAAACGCAAGAAGACUCGUGUGCCGUUAGCAUGGGAAGGCACGGCACAGACGAAUGUCGAGGAAGAAGCAAAUGACGAGGACGUUCCGCUAGGUAUGCUGUUCCAGGGUAAAGAUGGCCUGAUGAACGGGAAGCGGCAGAUGGGAGAUGGAAAAGACUGGGAUCGGCCACUCGGCCUUAUGGAAAAGAGGCAGAUGGAGGAUUCGGAGCCGCUUUCUUCGAGACGAAACAGAAUGCUAGGGCUUCCACCAUCAUUUGGCAGAGCGGAGCGCGCGCUACAGAAGGCUGGAGCCGCGGGAAUGAUGGGAGGUAGUCAAUUACAUCUUGCUGGUCAGCCUGACGAGCCUGCCGAAAAAGACGAUGGCGAGGAAGCAGGCGAGACUUUAGCGGACCGCAUCAGGAAGCUGAGGACAAAAGAUGCUUUGGAGACGGCAAUCUCAGACACUGUGCCUAAGACUGGAGAAAGACCACUCAGCACAUUCACAGACGACGUCCUCAGUCAAUUCGGCCCUCUUGAUGGUGCUGCAGGUGCAGGCAGUAAACCCGGAAGCAAGCCAGGCAGUAGAGGUAAAGAUAUUGCGACCACUGCGGCAGCUGUUGAGGAGCAAGCUGUAGCCGGUGCCGAGCCAGAGCAGGAAGCAGAGGCAGAAGAAGAGACACUUGGUCAACGUCGUGCCCGCCUCCAACGCGCAAAGGAUGUCGAAGCCCGAUCAGGCUUGAACAAACUCCUGGCUUCCAACCCUGUAGGCACACGAGCAGCGGCUAAGAUGCACGUCCCAGUCGAGGGAACACUUCUCCACUCCUCCGCUGUCGCGCAAGCCAAGCAAAGGAAUGAUAUCCUCCGAACCAACGUCCGGAGCUCGAGCUACUAUGGUCUUGAGAGACCUUUGGUCGAGACAGGACGGCCUGGUAUUGGUGUGCUCGGAGGUGCGGAUAGGGUGGGAAGCCACGCUGGUCUCCUAGGCAUGCAAGGGAGUAGCGGCGCGCGAGCUCCUAGUGGUGGCUUCGCAAAUGGGGUGUACAACAAUGGCCUCGGCGGCGUCUAUAGCCCAUCAACUAUGCAGACGAGCUAUUCUACACCUGGUUUUGGCAUGCCCAUGGGUCAGCAGGGAGGAUAUUUCGCUUCGCCUACGGCUGGAAUGGUGGGGUAUGGGAUGCCGCAGUAUCAGCAACAGGGGGUGAUGAACCCCAUGGCCGCUUAUCAGCAGCCUAUGGGAGGCUAUGGGGCUGGCGUGCCUGCUAUGACUGCUUAUGGAUAUGGCAUGCCUGGGCAGUAUGGCGUGCCGGGCGGUAUGAUGGAUGAGGGGCUAGACAAGCAGAAGAGGGAAGGGAUUGAUGCUUGGAGGAUGAGCGUUAUGCAUUGA